GAGGCGUUUGCGGGAUAACCCUUGAUAGUUAAAGGGAAAGUAUACCAAACUAUGCCAUCCCUAGUCCGGCUGGAGAGCGGAGCUAAACCAACAAAGCUUCAAUGAACUUUUGACGACGUGUGGAUUCCCCUUCCCUACCCCUUUGCGGGGCAUUCACAGGAGGCCUUGUCGAUGCAGGACUCGUGUCGGCAUGUCGACAUGUCGCUCCUGUCAGUGUGCAGAUAGCAGCGCUCGGUGUUUGUUUUCCCGCUGCCGGCUGGCAGCGCUCCGAGCUCUGAGAAAGGAAGCCCAUUGGUUGCAGGACAACUAUGACCUCCUGGACCACCAUGAAAACGCGGUACGAAUCGGCCGGCAAAAUGAUGGCAUAACCGCCUCGGUGCGCACCACCAACCGGAUGAACGCCCUGCUCUCGGAGUCGAUGCUGAGCAGGAGGCGAGCGGCCCAAAAUCCGGAAGGGGAAGCGACCGGCGGAGAGGGCGGGGAGCCACGGAAGGAGAAGCCCAAAAACGACUGGAAGUUCUUUCACACCAACUUUAAUAUGGAACGUGCCCAGAAGAUCAUCGAAGAUUGCAUUGAGGAGCGGCUGCUGUGGGACCGCUUCAGCCGCAAUUACGACUCUUGGCGGGCACUGCAGCUGGCCGAGGGGCUGGCGGCCGAGAUUCGCGACCGGGUCAAGAAGCUGAACCACAGGCGCCAUCGCAUCGUCUGCCUGCUGUCCAUUGUGGAGAAGCAGAACCAGGGCGUCUACCAGCGCAUGUGCCACCUGAUGGACGAGAAGCGGGACAACUUCACCCAGUUGGUCUUCGAGCGUCCCACGUACUUUAUGAUCGUGGUACUCUACCUGGUCUAUAAGGAUUAGUCGCAAAACGAAUGAGGACUUCACUUUCUCCUGGUGCUUGUUAAUUACGCUUAGGUUAAGCAAGGUGUUGAUCUAAAAUAAUUUAUGAGGUAUUUGAAAUGAUUAAAAAAAAUUGGACACAACUUUGUCCACCACUGUAGGCCCCGGCGAGAUUCGAACUCACGAUCUCCUGUUUACUAGACAGGCGCUUUAACCAACUAAGCCACGGCGCCGCUGUGAGAAUGGUCGUUGAACUUCUCAAUUUAAAAAAUAACGUCUACCCAUUUCGAAAAUUUUUGGUAAUAUUAAAUAUUUAAUCUAGAAA